UCUCCCCCUCUCCCUUCUCCUUUAUUAAACAUCCCCUCGCUUCUCUCUCUCUCUCUCUCUCACGAAUCUCCGCCUCCGGAGGUUAAAUUCUUACUCGCUGCUCAUCUUCCCUUCUUCAAUCUCCAGGUUUAUUUGAUGAUGACAGCAUUGUCUGUUGUCUGACCUACGACGAGGGUUAAUUUUGGGCUACCGUUGUGGUUGCCAUGAAUGUGACAAAAGGAUUAUAAGUUUCAUACUUGGUACUGAUCUGUGCAUGUGCAUGCUCAGUUGGACGCUUAGUUUUGAGACUGAAUAUUAUAAUAUACUUUUUAUAUCAGAGUAAGAUGAGUAGAACUAGUCGCAAUAGCGAGGUUACUUGCGAAAACUGUAAUGAAGGCACUGCAGCUCGGACAAGACCAAUUAGCCUUGAAGAGAUAUUGUCAAGACGGAAAAAGAAACUGAAUGUGGAUGAUAAAGGAGAAGCAAUAGCUUCUGUUGAGAAGGCUGAUAGUGGUCCUGGAUCUGAUAAGGGUCUUGAGAGCAAGAAGGAAUCCAAAGAUGCAGCAAAAGACAACUCCAGGAGCUUGGAAGAGGCAGUCCCUAAGAAAGAGCGUGAAUACUCUGAAAGCAGAAAUGAAGGGAACGGAGAUUCAGGAGCCAAUAUGAAUUCGAAAUCUUAUGAUAGUAAGAGUAGUAGAGAUAAAGAAAGCAAGAAGGAAAAGGAAAACCGAGCUGGUUUUGAGAGGGAAUAUGAAAAGAAGCUGGCUAAAGUUUCAACAGAGGAUGAUAAACAUAAGGAAAGAGACAAAGAAAGCAAGAAGGAAAAGGAAAACCACCAUAAGAGCAGAACUAGCAACCACUCAGGUGCUGAUUUUGAGAAGGAAUAUGAAAAGAAACUGGCUAAAAUUUCAAUAGAGAAAGAUAAACACGGGGAAAGAGACAAAGAAAGCAAGAAGGAAAAGGAAAACCACCAAAGGAUCAGAACUAGCAACCACUCAGGAACUGAUUACGAGAAUGAAUAUGAAAAGAAACCGGCUAAAAUUUCAAUGGAGAAAGAUAAAUACGAGGAAAUAGACAAAGAAAGCAAGGAGGAAAGGGAAAGCCACCAUAGGAGCAGAAAUAGCAACCACUCAGGAGCUGAUUUUGAGAAGGAAUAUGAAAAGAAACCGACUAAAGUUUCAAUAGAGAAAGCUAAACACGAGGAAAGAGACAAAGAAAGCAAGAAGGAAAAGGAAAACCACCAUAGGAGCAGAACUAGCAACCAGUCAGGAGCUGCUGUUGACAAGGAAUAUGAAAAGAAACCGGCUAAAGUUUCAAUAGAGAAAUAUAAGCCUGAGGAAAGUGACAAAGAAAGGAAGAAAGAAAAGGAAAACCACCAUAGGAGCAGACCUGGCAACCAGUUGGGAGCUGAUGUUGAGAAGGAUUACGAAAAGAAACUGGCUAAAAUUUCAUUGGAGAAAGAUAGACAUGAGGAAAGAGAUAGCAAGUCUGGAAAGGAAAGGAAAAGAAAACAUGACAGUCACAAUGAUGAUAAAAUUAGACCAGAGAAUGAUGAUAAGGAAAGGAAAAGAAAACACGGUGGUCACAAUGAUGAUAAACUUAGACCAGAGACUGAUGAUUUCAUAUCAAAGAAGCGUGAUUUUGGCAAAUCGCGUGGUGCAGAGUAUACAGUAAGAAAGGAUCAGUACACAGAGCAUUCAGAAAGAAAGGAUCAGAAAAAAGAGCACUUGGAAAGAAAGGAUCAGAAAAAGGAGCAUCCUCGAACUCAUCAUGAAGAGUCGAGGACAAAAAGAAGGAGGUCAAGAAGCCGAGAAUAUGAUCAAGAAAGGGAUAGGUCACGUUCAAUGUCCCCUAGGGUGCUUAGAAGCUCCCACCGUGGAAUGGAUUAUGAUGAACCUAUCUUUCAGUCCUCUAAAGACAAAUCAAGAAGAAAAUAUUCUGAUAAUGAUAAAUAUAGGAAUUCAGGGAAUGAUGGUUAUGGUAGCGGGCAUUAUCGCAAACGUGGUAGUGGGCUUGGGGGCUACUCUCCGAGGAAGAGGAGAACCGGGGCAGCAGUGAGAACUCCAUCUCCAAAGAAACUCUCCCCAAAAUGCUCUCCUAAACGCUCUCCGGAGAAGAAAAGUUCCACAUGGGAUCAGCCUCCAGCAGGAACAAGCCAUGGUGGUUCUGGAUCUAUUUUUGCCACUCUUCAAUCACCAUCUAGUAAGGCUGUUGAGUUAACAUCUUCUACGCCAUUUACACAAACUGCGACAAAAACCCAGCCAGUACCUUCAACUGAUGCUGCAUCAGUUCUGAUAAAUGCAUCCAUUGAUUCUGUUCAGUUGACGCAAGCAACCCGCCCAAGGAGGAGGCUUUAUAUAGAAAAUUUACCGAUAUCUGCAUCUGAAAAAUCAGUAAUUGACUGUCUUAAUGAUUUCGUCCUUUCAUCUGGUGGUAGUCACAUUCAAGGAGCUAAACCCUGCAUCAGUUGUAUAAUAAACAAAGAAAAGCAUCAGGCUGUGGUUGAAUUUCUUACGCCGGAGGCUGCUACAGCAGCUAUUUCUUUUGAUGGACGAUCUUUGUCUGGAUCUAUUCUCAAAAUCAGACGACCAAAAGAUUUUGUUGAAGCAGCUACUGGAGCUCCGGAAAAAACACUGCCAACGGUCAAAGCAAUAUCAGAAGUUGUGAAAGAUUCACCCCACAAGAUCUUCAUUGGUGGAAUUUCCAACGCUCUGUCAUCUGAUAUGUUUCGGGAGGUUGUUAGUGCUUUUGGACUUCUGAGAGGAUACCACUUUGAGUUCAAUGAGGUGCUAGAUGGGCCAUGUGCCUUUUUAGAGUAUGAAGAUCAUUCCAUUACUCAGAAGGCUUGUGCUGGGCUUAAUGGAAUGAAGCUCGGUGGGCAUGUCCUUACUGCAAUUCAAGCAUUUCCUGAUUACCAUGGGUCGGAGGAGGAUGCUGAAAACCUUCCAUCAUAUGACGUUCCCUUGCAUGCAAAACCACUGCUUGCAGACCCCACACGAGUGCUACAACUCAAGAAUGUGGUCAACCCGGAGGAAUUCCUGUCACUUUCCGAUUCUGAAUUAGAGGAAAUAGUUGAAGAUAUAAGGUUGGAGUGUGCAAGGUUUGGAACCGUAAAGUCUAUAAAUGUGGUUAAGUUCAACAGCAGGAGCAAAGAUGAUACUCAAGAUUCUGAACGACGAGAGCCCCUCGCUGCCACAGACCAAUCAAGGAGUCCUACCAAGAGUUGUAAGAAUGGAGAUUUGGAUGCAGCAGCUUUGGAUCGUGCUGAAGGGCUUCAAGAUGCCAGUAAUAUUAAUGCAGAGAAUGAAACUAAUGAUGAUGGGAACCCAGAGGAAGAUGAUAUAGAGAAGAGAAACAAUGACGAUGAGAAACCCGUGGAGUAUAAGAUGAAAGAAACUGUGAACCUCGGCUCUACAGAUGGGGACACUUCUCAAUUGGAAGUUCCUUCUAACCUUGAUAAGGAUAUAAAUAUAACAGAAGAAAACACUGCUAAAUCUGAAGCACAUACAAGCAGCGAAGGGAUCGAGCAAAGUCCAGUCGGGACUGCUAUUCCUAUGGAUACUACAGAUUUGGAAAAUUCUGCUGCUGAUGAAGACGAGGUAGAGAAUGGAGACGACAGUAAUCAUCAGAGUCACAAUGUGGAAUUACUUGAACCAGGUUAUGUAUUGGUUGAGUUCUUGAGGAAGGAAGCAGCAUGUGCUGCCGCACACUGUCUCCAUGGGCGAUAUUAUGGCGAACAUAUUGUUUCAGCUGGUUAUUUUUCACAUGAUCUCUACAUAACAAGGUUUUCCAGGUGAAGUAAAUGUGUUUGUUUAGAUCUGCUACGUUUCUUUACCUUGGGUUUUCGGACCAGAUCAGGACCAAUGUGGGGUCAUUGGUGAUAGAGAGGUAGUACCUGUAAGUCACAUGAUUUCUUUCAAGGAUGAAUGCGUUACUAGUUGUGACCAAUGUCUACAAAUGGCGAGAGGGGUCCUUGGUAGUUUAUUAUUUUGAGUUCGAUUCUAUGGUUUGUUAUUUUGAGUUCAAUUCAAUGUCACUAAUUUACUGCUCAAUAUGAUUCUCACAUAUAGCUUGCAUUUUCUAUGAUGGCAAGGAAACUAUGCGUUGGAACGUCAUCUAUCAAUUUGUUUUUUUUGUA